AUGAGCAGUCCAAAGAUCGCUGGAUUUCGGGGAAACCUAUUCGAAGAUUUUGCCCAUCGGGAGUUGCAAAAUGGUGGUACGUUUAGGAUACGGUGCCUAAAUAAUGAUAACUCAGAGGUUACCGAAAAACAUAUCGAAAAGCUGGAAUGUAAUUUGUUCAUGACAUUAAAUGAAGCACGUAAGGAGUACUAUAACAGACCAAAAUCAAGAACAUUCGCGUCAAUUGAUUCUUUUAGUCUUGACAACAAUGACCUGGCCUUGUAUCAAAUUACGGUCUCCAAAAAUUACGGCGUAAAGAUUAAAGGACUUAAUGAUCUUAACAGCUCGCUCGCGUGGAGAAAAGACGUGAAUGACAUUGAUGUAUAUUUUGCCGUACCACCGGACGUCUUUGAAAAAUUCCCCCCGCAAAAAUACAAGACAGCUAAAGUUUCACCGGCCUUGUUCAUUAACUUUACAAACACCUAUUUCAUCAUCUAUUCUGGCACGGAUGAUAAGACCAAUUCUGUAAAUCUCGAGCAGACACAAAGUGCUAUUUCUCCUGAAAUAAAUUCUAACAAUAAUCUUAACCACCCCAGCUCUGAUGAAAAAGAGUCGGAUAUUCAAUACUCUGAACCACUUAUUUGUACAAACCCCAAAUCACCAGAAGAUAAGGAAAUUGAUGAUUUUCAGGAUCGGGUACAUAAAGAACAGGUUAGUAACGAAAUAAGAGAAAGAAAAAGAGAAGCAAAACUUCGAGCUCAAGAUACUUCCUCUAUUAUUCCCCAUGAGCAAAAAAGCAUCUAA